AUGCGCUCCUCCUACACCCUCGCAAUGGCCUUUGCCGCUGUUGCCGUAGCUGCUCCCGCCAGCCUUGCUGUCCGCGGCGAUGAAGGCUGUAUCCCGGUCUCUUACACCAUCUCUGACUACAAGCUCGUCACCUCUGCUACCUCCGGUAGCGUUGACUUCAACUUCAAGUCUUCCUUCUCCGGAGGCGGCAACGACGACCCCGUCCAGAACGGCGUUCACUGCGGCGGUUCCGGUGCAUCUGUCCCCAACAACAACGAGUGCCAGGUCGCUGAUCGCCGUCUUCUCUUCGAUCUCCGUGGACCUCAAGAUCAGGCCUACUACCAGAUCAGCCACUCCUGGACCUGCUCAGGCAACCAGUGGAUCUCAGGUACCGCAGUCAAGAUCGACCCGCUUAACUGCCACACUGAAGGCGACAAGCGCGUCUGCACUGGUGGACCCCAGACCUUCGUACCCCAGAACGUGCGCAAGAUCUGCAACUCGCCUCAGUGCUAG